UGCUUUUUUCCCCGAGGAGACCUGAACGCAGCAACAUUGUCCACCGGUUCCGACUGAUGAGAAAGUCGUCCAUCACCUCCUUCCAGACAAAGGAAGCUCCAGUGAUCAGCAACAAUGGAUGUCUCACAUGAAAUCAAUUUGCUGGUGCAGGAGAUUCAGCGGCUCGGCAGUAAAAAUGCUGAUGGUCAAACUAUGGUAAAGUUUGGAGUUUUAUUUAACGACGACCGUUGUGCCAAUAUCUUCGAGGCAUUGGUGGGCACCCUGAAGGCAGCCAAAAAGAAGAAGCUGAUCAACUUCCAAGGCGAGUUGCUUCUGCAGGGCGUCCAUGACAACGUUGAUAUCGUCCUGCUCCAAGAAUGAGACGGAUGUUCGGACAGACGGCCUUCCAGCAGCUGUGUGUCCUACUGAAUCCUCCUAAAUACUGAGCUUCUGCAGUAUACCGGCCUGUCACUGAGCUUCUGUUUUCACUUAUUUCCCUUCAUUUUCACAGCUCAGUGUUUCAACCGAAACACAGUCACCAAUCAGAUCAGACCUUACCUAUGGACCCAGCUGGCAUGUGUGCAUAUGAUUUUUGUUUGAUUUCAGUGUGCCACAUUUGAUAAUAUUUUAAGGUUUUCAGGGCUGAGCUGUGAACAGUCACACUCAGAGUUUCAGAUUAUAUGAAAAGUGGUGUUUCUUUCUCAGGCACUGCCAUUUUAUCAGCCACAGGUGUCAUUUUGCUACACUUUUAAGACUACAAAUGUACAAAUCAGGAAUGUAAUAUUUGAUGUAAGGCUUUUUUUUGUUUAUUUUGGGUGAAAUUACAGUGGAUCACAACCAAAUGCCUCUAUUUACAGUUUAGGUAUCAGGAUAAAUGACACACAGGAUAAGAUGCUGGCUAAAUUUAGCAACUAUAGCAAACUUCUUCACAUUUCUAAUUGGACCUGUCUGAUCUUGACUAUUGUGUUGCACUCUGCAAAUUCUCCCUUUACACUCUCAAAAGGCAGUGGGAGUUAAGUCCUCAUUACCUGAACAGUAUGUAAUGUAAUGAGUGUUACUGCAGGAAAGUCUAGUGUAUCUGUAAGACAGAGGAUAGUCUGUGUCCACAACGGCGUCACCAAAUGGCAGUUCCAUUUAUUGUUUACAUGAGCCAUUUCUACUACCUCUUGUGGACUUUGUAAUAAGACGUUAUCAGACCAGUGCUUUUGGAAAUUCCUUCACAGAAACUACGACUACACUGACGGUUCAAGUGCAUUUCAGGAAAGACGAUGCAGCUUUUUGUACUCAUUGCAACGUGCUACAGUAGUUUUUAUUUCGUCUUUUUAUACGUAGUCAUUAAUGAAUUUUCUCUGCUAAAACAAAUUCCAAAAAUUGCCUUUUCAUAAGAAUAGCUGCUGAGCAAAUGGCGAAUGUAUUUCUGUGCAAUUUUUAAUAGUGUAUAAUUACAGGAUGAUUGGUGCCAAAUGCAAAAGAUGAAUUUGUAUUGAUUCUCAGGACCAAAUCAGCACAACCAAAAUAUGUUUAAUAAUUUUCCUGUGACUUAAAUUAGUGACACAAAAUGUGUAUUUAGAGUUUCACUAGUGUUUUCAAUUUUAGCACUCUUUAUUCUCUACUGUAGGUCCAAUGAAACUUGUAGACCAGAUGUGAACACUUUCCUACCAUCACAAUUAACCACUUACAGUUGGUUUGUUGUGUUUGUUUUACACUUUGUUAUUAUUUUAGCCAAAAUAUUAGCAAGUACUGUCAGCUCUGUAUGGAGGCCCAAAGCUGUCAAAAUUUGUUAAACAAGUAAGACAAUGUGAAAUAAAUCCUAAUAUGAAUAAAUACAGACAAAUAAGCAGCGAGCAGAAUUGAAAGACAAACUGCUGAAAUUAAAUAUAAAAUGUUGUAUAAUAAAUAAGCAGAAUGAGGAAAUAUUUCAUGUUCUUUUGCUGAGCUUGAACAAAUUGGGCCUCUUUGGGCCUCCGUAUUUAGCCAGUGGUUGGAGCCGUUUUUGAUGUCUUUGAACUUUUUAACCCAAAAGUAACAUUUAGUUUGACAGCUACUGUGCUCAUUUUCAUAAUAUCAAACUUUGUGACACUCGUUCAUUAAAUGGGGCCUUGGUCGUGUUACCAUCCACGCACUAUUUGCUUUUCAUGUUGAUAAGAAGCAAGUUAUCAGCCUCGUGAAACUGUAUCUGGUCUGGAAGUUUUGUGAGACCCAUUUCAUAUUCACUGCUGUUGGAUCAGCCUCGUUAAAUCUUUUAUGUUCAGGAACUAAGUUUGACUUGAAAUGUGUGAUUUAUUUCUCAGCAUCAGUGGCAUAGAUGAAUCAAAACUUUGGUGAAAUCAAGAAAAUUAGAUGAGCUGAAUUGUAUUAUGUUGUUUUGAAUGAACCUGAAGUGUAACCUGGUUGCAUGACAUAUAAUCAUCAUGACUAAAGUAAUGGGAGAAGUCUAAAAGUUGUAGGACAAACAGAGAAAAGCAAGAGUGAAGAAGGUACAUGCCGCUUGCAUCGCUGUAAUGAAUAUAUCCUGCUGUUGCUCUGGAGUGAGUUUCACGUGACUUUCUGAUAUACAAAUUACAAAGUCGGCAUUUGGCAAGAGAAGGAAAGUUAUGAGCAGUGCCAAUACCUCGAGACAUUUAUGUGAGCGAGUGGAAUGCCUGUGCGAUGUGUUCAAGUACAUCAUUACUGUCUUUUGUACUGGCAAUAACACACUCCUAAAAGAGGAGAGGUUUCUGUUACUGUGGAAUACACUCCAAGGAAUAAAAUCUUUACACUUGAA